AUGAAUGCUACGGAGUACAUAAACAACGCCACUAUGGCACUGUCAAAGUCUUUUCUUGGUGAGAUGCUAACAAGCGCUUCAGCGCUUAUGGAGGCGAGGAAGGAUCCUCACCUUCGUUGCGCUGUUCUUGAUGUACUGCGUACGAUUGUGUCCCAAUGCGAUGACCCGAAGAGUGUGUUGCAGCCUUUCGCAAAUGACAUUGUUGCAAUUGUAAAGUUGACAAUGAAGACACAAGAAGAGGCGGCAGUUCGAAAAUGUGUUGUCGAGUACAUUUUAGCGAUUUGCACAUCCAAAGCAGAUUUUUCGCUGGCGGCAGGAUAUAGCGACAUCCUUUCGUGCCUUAUCACGUGUGCCUCGUUCAGUGAGAGGUGUAGUGAUUCACUUGCUGAGGUGAGGGAUGCCAGCCGUAAUGCAUUGAUGCUGCUUGCUUCGUCGAGAGGUACAUUGGUCCGUCAAUUGUGGCCCUCAUCUUUGAGCAUAUGCGGGAAUACCCUGUGA